AUGCCCACAUCCUCGUCUUCCGACGAUCGUACUCUCGUCACUCCAACCGACACGACGACCACCGCCCAAGUCAUAGACAGUGAAGCGUCGUCGACGUUUAGCGCAUACGAUGACGACGAGAGCUUCGAGCAGGACUCGGCACAGCGCCGGCGCCUAAUACGCCAGAAACAAGUCGUCCGCAUCACAUCUCUGGUAUUCGCUACCCUGGCGGCUCUCUGCGCCGGUUCCAUCGUCGUCUUUUCCCUGUACGCCCCGCGAUUCCAGUCCCGUCUGCGAUACACACAGUUUCAGGUCAAUGGCGUUGCCAUCGCCGGCUCUGUGGCCCUCUACCUGCCCAUAUCCAUCAUGGGAUAUGUGUGCGACCGUGUCGGGGUCGCACCGCUGUCGCUCUUGUCGGCCAUCCUAUUUGGUACGGGAUAUGGCACCGCUGCUGCCAUCUAUCGAAAGCUCGAUAUCGAAUACAAUGUGCUAGGGAAGCCGCAUGGUGUGGGCAACGAGUGGUCGUACCCAGCCAUGAUGUUUGCCUUUGUGUGUGUCGGCUCGGCAACCUGCGCGAUGUACAUUGCCUCAGUGUCAACCUGUGCAAAGAACUUUGGCAAGGGCAAGUACAGGGGAUUGGCUCUGGCGAUGCCCAUUACAGGUUUUGGCUUGAGCGGCAUGUGGUUGAGUCAAUUCGGCAGUCGGUUCUUGUAUGAAACGAAGCCCGACGGAUCCAAAGGGGAGGUCGAUGUAUUCCGCUUCUUCGUCUUUUUGGCUGUUUUGCUCUUCAUCAUGGGUAUCCUGGGCACGUUUUUGCUCCGUGUGGUGGAUGAACAAGACCUCAUUGAGGAAGCUAUUGAGGAACUCGAAACAAGUGGUCUCCUGGAUGGCAGCUCGUUGAUUAGUCGCACACGAUCGCGAGGAUACGGAUCGGCCGGUCCCAUAGUAGACCAAGGAAAUAUGGAAUCCAGCAGCUUGAUAGAUCCGUCCAAGGACGAAGACGCGCAAUGGAAGAAGAACUGGGUGCUGAAUGCAGAGACGCGGCAGUUCCUCAGCGACCACACCAUGUGGCCGUUUGCCCUCGCCUUUCUACUCAUGAUUGGGCCGGCCGAAGCAUUCAUCAACAACCUUGGAACCGUCAUCGGCACAUUGACACCUCCUUCAACGGAGGGCUUUGGCGAAACAACCUCGGCCGCUACCCACGUCUCGAUUUUCGGCGUCACGAGCACCAUUGCCCGACUAUUGAUCGGCACUCUUACCGAUCUGCUUGCUCCCGCUCCCGAAACACAACAUAUCCAACUGUCUUCUUCGUAUCACAGCAGUCACCGAUCGACUGCCCUCCAGCGCUUCAGCAUCUCCCGUGUCGCAUUCGUCCUCUUUUUCGCCGUUCUCAUGUCUAUCGGCUUCAUAUUUCUGGCCUCUGGCGCAGUUCAAAACCAUGCUGAUCGCUUCUGGGUUGUUUCGGGUCUCGUGGGAGCGGGCUAUGGUGCCAUCUUCAGUUUGGCCCCUCUGAUCGUCACCAUUAUCUGGGGCGUUGAGAACUUUGCCACCAACUUUGGCAUAAUCGCCAUGUUGCCCGCUUUGGGAUCAACAUUCUGGGGCCUGAUAUACUCUGGAAUCUACCAGGCAGGUGCCAAGGGGUCUUCGACAUCGUCUGGCGGUGGCGAUGACGACGACCUGUUUUGCUAUGGGAAACACUGUUAUGCCGCGACCUUUUGGGCAGAAGGAAUUUGUGUCUGGGUGGCAUGCUUGUUGGUGUUGUUUGCCUGGAAGGGCAAGGGAGGCUGGAAGCAGAGAGGCAUUGUUAUCUGA